GUGCACAAGAAACCCAACAAUCAGCUGGUUUCCAUCAGGUUCGUGCGGUGGCGCUGUCCAGCCGGCAGGGGGCAGACACCGCCACCGCUGGUUCUCUGUCGGGCGUGUGCGGUGGCACCGCACCGCCGCCAGGGGGCAGAGGCAGCCGGGCCCCACACCCCGUGCGUCCGUGUCGGUCCGCGGAACAAAGAAGAAGCCGCACCGCGUGGGAGUGUCACGCCAGCGCCACGGGGAACGCCCAACGCCUCUCGACUGCGCCUCCCGCUCGCCGACCGGCCGCUCUCUUCGCGCGGUGUUCCCGGUGCCAGGCCGCCCCCCUCGUCUUCCUUGCUGCGUUCUUCUUUUUUUUUUUUGAAUUUCAGGAAUCCGCCGCAGCCAUGACGAGCCGUUGUCUGCGGAGUGUGAGCCCGCUGCCGCUGCCGCUGCCGCUGCUGCUGCUGCUGCUGCUGCCGCCGCUGGGAGUCCUGUCUCAGGAUGCCUUUGCCCUUUCUGAUGCCCUGGGGGGGGAUGACGACGACAGCAAACCACCAACCCUUGCACCAAAACCCGCUAUACCAGCAGGAGGAGCAGGAGGGGAGCUUGAUUUGGAGGAUUUCUUUAAAGUCAGUGGCACCACCGCCGCCACCACCACCACCAAAGCCCCACACAAGGUUGUGCCCAAGGGUCCCGCAAGUACCAAGGCCCCAGUCAAACCCAAACCCAAGCCAGCUGAUGAUGACCUAAACCUGGCUGAUGCCUUGGACCCCAACAAUGACAUUGGUGGCAAGGGGAAGAACAAGGGGCAGGGAGGGCAAUUUUCUGACAGCGAUUUGAGUGACGUUAGUAAAGACAACACCUACAAACCGGACAAAGGCAAAGGCGGAUACUCAGGAGGCGACAGUGACCUGAUUGACCAGCAUGGCGACAACAGUGAGACCACGGCUGAGGUGGGCACCAUUGCAGGGAUUGCCAGUGCAGUCGUCAUGGCGUUGGUGGGUGCGGUCAGCAGUUACAUCUCCUACCAGAAGAAGAAGCUGUGCUUCAGCAUGCAGCAGAGCCUGAACUCUGACAUGGUGAAGGCUGAGAACCCUGAAGCUGUGGUGGCUACAGAACCACAAGUCCAACAGACUCUGCUGGAGCCACCCAAUGCUGAGCCUCCCACUGAAGAGAAUGCCGUGUAAAAACAUAACACACACAAACACACACGCACACACACACACACACACACACACACACACACACACACACAUGCCAUGAUGGACUGUCUAUUGUGUAGCAUGUCCUCAUCGAUCCCGCCGCUCUGCGCUGCAGACGCUGGGACUCGAAGUCCUUCUCUGCUGACUGUGAAAUCAUGUUUAUUUUAAGGCUCUGCUGUAAAUCUGGCCGACAGUGUAUUGAACCUUUUCCAAAAUUGACAUGUAUAUAGUAAUUUAUUGUUUACACAUCCAACAACAACGUUGGUUGUGACAGCUCUGGUGUGUGCGCCGGGCGGCGGCUGUAGCAUUGCGCUGAGCUCCGGCCACGUGUUCCACACUUUCUCUGCUCCGAGCUUUGUAGCGACCAAUCAUGGAAUCACUCGUGAAAUGUUGUGAUACCAUGUAUAGAUGGCCAGUUAGCGUAUAAUGUAGUUAUACAUUAUCACAGGAGCCGGUUGCCGUUUCGUUACCAGGGAAGCAUGUACUAGACCUGAAGUGACAUCAUGUGAUGACGAUAACACAUUUUUUUCACAAAAUUCAAUUUGAUUGAUUGAUUUUUUUUUUUUUUUCAUUCACUGUGUUAUCAUUUUGAAGUCAACCAGCGAUUACUAUAAUAAUUUUUGUGUCAUGGGCUUCACGACAGUAAGUCCGUUAAUUAGACCUGGAGUUACCGCAGGUUACCACUGUUACACGGACCGACAGUUACACCAUUAGUUGACUAUAUAAUGUACUAUAUAAUGUACAAGUUACCUUAUUCGGAUUGGCAGCAAUAAGGCAUCUAAACCUUUCUGUCUCAGUCCAACCUGUGACCUUUUAUACUGUAAAUAGCCUGAUAUAGCCUUCAAAGACGAUGCUUCGUGACGGGAAGUUUUUAGUUUUUUGGUUGACGGAGAAAUCAGAACAGUGAAGGAUUGAGUGGUUGAAGUUGAAGAGAAAAAAACAGAAAAGAGACACCUGUCGUGGGACGAACGUGAAAGCGUGCUACAUCAGUUGAGCUGAAGUUUGACUUUCAAAUGCACAGCAUGUCUUAAUCCGCCUCUGUGGAAUUGAAAAGGAGUCUUGCAUUUAUAUGGCGCUUUUCUAGUCUCGUCGAGCAAAGUGCUGAACGGCACAAGUCACUUUCACCCGUUCACACACACACAUUCAUACCGCGCUUUGUCUGUCACACACUGUGGUUGCAGCUUAGGCUUUACGUGCGUUGCCCAGACAAGAAGUCGGCAGCGACGGGCAGAAGACGAGUGAAACCACUGCUGGAAUAGUCGAGAACAUUGUUCGUACCAUGUUUUAUCGUGUUAGCGUUGGGGUGCCAGUGUGUGUGUGUGGAAUUGAAUUGAUCUUGAUCCCAUGGCGGCCAUCGGUGUGUGAGAGAGAUCUGAGCAGGAGAGUGUCAGGGCACAUAAUAGUGGUACGUACAGAUUGUGAUGAUGAUACUUCUCCCUCACUAUUAUUUUGACUCGAGCAAUGAGCAGUGCCAAAGUUGAAAUAUUGUAAGUCCUACCAAUACGGACUUUGAUUUGUUUCGCGGUGGUGUCAAGUAUCUUCUAAAACCAAGGGUUCCCUAAACUAAGGGUUGAAUGACUCAAGGGAGAGGGCGUCACAAAAUCAAAUCAAAAAUAGAAUUUGUGAUAUUUUCAAAAGUGCUGACUGUGGUCCAAAGCUGCUGUUGCCCUGGUUACAUCCCAUCGGCCAAUCGCUGCGUCGAGUGUCCGUGAUUGACAGAUUGACCGGGUCACAUCAGAGGGAAAAAACAGAGGUGUCCCUCUCUACUCCAGAAUCAAUGGCCUCUAUGGGAAUAAGAAGCACCGGAGUGGACAGGUGAUGUUAGGAGAAGGACUGAAGAAAUUAACAAAUGGAUGAAGAAGGAAUGUCAGCCAGGAGUGCGAGUCCGUCUGCACUGCCACAAACACUGGUGAAGGUAGUGUGCAUUUAGAAAAACUAGAGCUGUGCUUUUAGACUGUGCGUGUGUAGAUGAAGUUAGCAGUAGUCUUUUGCUUUAGGAUGUCGAGUGCUGAUGGUCGCACUGUACAUGUUACUGUGGGCAGUUCUGUGUUUGUACCGAUAUAGCGGCGUGUAUGACAUUACACAUGAUUAGAUUAUACUUGUCGGUGUGUGUGUGUGUGUAUUCACACUCUUUGCCUGCUCUUUUUACACUUUGUAACCAACUUUUCCUAAUAACUUAGCUUAACUUUUUGUAAAGUGCUUCUCGGUGAGAGCGUCUGUCGUUGUGCCGCCAACUCUCAAAGUCCGGGGGGGCCUGGGCCGCGUCUGUUUUUUCUACACCGUCUCAUAUUUAGCCCGCGCGUCAUUUUUUAUAGAGCUGCCUCAGCAUCAUUACCGAUCAUCAUUUGAUGAAUCACACGCGGGACGCCACACAGCGUAAUGUAAAUAAUGUCGCAUUCGUGUCACGCGGGACAGAAAGCAAGCGAUGGGUAGAACUGACAUCUCCAGAGUUUUUUUGGCGGUCAAACGUGUGUGUGAUUGCAUUUGGUUGUGUGAGGGCUAUUGCGUCUGUGGAUCUCCACAGUGAUGUCAUUUUGCUUGGAUCCUUGACACGUGCAUGGUUUCUUGGAAAUGACUGACUUGUUGGUCUGUAGUAUCCCCCAUCACACACACAGGACAUUACUAACCAGCUCCCCUUGUGCAUUGUGAAUGACCUGAGUAGUGUCUUGAUAGAUCGGUGUGGAUCUACACCGAGGUGAAUGUGUGAUGUGGACAUUAGUGAAAAAAAAUCACGUCUUGAAGCUUUGCAGAUACUGAGAGAGUUUGUGUCAGGUGGCCUAUUCAAAACAGUGUGUUGCAUAUCUGACAUAAUGAACACUGCACCCUGGGCUGCUCCUCCCUUGUGUGCACAGUCGUCUAAAUCCAACACUGUCCCUCAAGGCCCUGCCUGAAAAACAGGAAACCUAAAGAAUUCAACAAGUGGCACGUCGCAAAAACAAUUCAUGAGGAACAUUUAAUGACGAGCCAGGCAGCAGCAGAAGAACUAUAUUAAAAAAAAUAUUCCACCGAUUUGAUAGUCGAAAAAAGUUUUGUCUUUUUCUCAUCCAGAGACCAGGCUGUGAUUGGAGACUCCCACGGUGGAUAAUAUCAUGAAAAGGAAAAGUCUUGACGUCAGCCUGGACAAUACAAUAUAAGUUGGAUGAAAAUGUCAUAACAUUUUUUUUAAUCAAAAUUCCCGGUACAACCCCGUUUUUCUGGAACCAAAAUUGCCCACAGCAUAACUUUCGAGUUGCCUUCAGGGCCAAGAGGGUUCUUAACAUUUGAUGUAUGUUGGCCACCAGAGGAGUGUGACGGAUGCUUGUGCAACCAGAGCCUGAGACAUCAGUGCUGAAACGUCCUCAUCGGACAGGGCGCAGUACACGGAGUGAUGUGUGACCAACCACAGGGGAGAACAUCGAGAGAAAGUCCAGGUCAGUUUUUUGGAGGUGGUGGUGGUGGUGGUGGUGGUGGGAGGGUCCCUGUCUUUAGGCGAUCUAACAUGGUGUAUCUGACCUGUGUGCCGUAUUCAGGGUAACAAUCUGUUAAGACUCUCGCCUUGUAGGAGUCCUGCACGGGAAACCUCUCUACCCUGAUUCUCUUUGCCUUAUACCCUGCUCACUGUACCCUGUGAGCACUAUUCAUCUAACGACCCCCCCCCCCCAACACGAGCAUGAGCAACGCACACCUGCUUCCACCUGCUCCGGCGGUGGUCACCUUGUCCCCCGGGUGCCAAAGGUGUUGGCUGUUGCGUCGAUCGCUCGUGCUGCCGCCAGUUGAGCUUCACACACACACGCACACACACAGCAAACACUAAAUCACAAAACCCUCCUGUUUACUGAAUGUAUUAAAUAUCUUCACGUGCUGUAGCAUUCAAAAAAAAACAACAACCUUUGGCUUGUAGCAAAAAAAUACAGAUUUGACCAAAGAUGACGGAGAUGGACGAUGCUGUUGUGUUCCCGGGAGUUGAAUUUGAAUCUGACCUUGGGUCUGAAUGUAACACAAGUGCAACACUGGAGCUGGUUUGAUGGAUGGAUGAUGCUUCAGCGUUAUCACACUGUGCACUCGUUCCCUCUGUGGGGGCGUAGAUCACAACAGCCAGGUGUGGUCGUUGUAUCAGAAGGUGCAAUACCUUUUAAUAAAUUAAAGAUGUAGCUAAGCGGAGGGAUGGGCAUGUGGAUCGGCUCACAGUACAAAUCGGGGCAGCUCCGUGCAUGAAGGACAGGCAGCUGGACUAAGCCUGACUCUAAACUCAUCCAGGAAACAGGUUGUAUUCUCAAUGGACGCAAAAACCUGCUCCCUAAACCAAAAAUAAUAAGCCUGGGCUAUUCACCUCGGCCGUCAGCUUGCGUUUUUCCAAACACUGUAAAGGAUCUGCAGAGUGUGUAUUACAUGUCAGCUGUGUCUGAGUUCUUCUACAGCCAAGACAGCUUUUGUGGCCGCGGUCCCGCGACGCUGACCUCCGAUUCAGACACGCUGCCGCCCCGACUGUCCCCUGCAGUUCACUCAAGUGCCUGCCGCGCACUUCUUUCCGCCCUAGUGCCUGUCACCGUACCAUGCCAUGCCGGCGAGUCCCCGCACCUUCACGGUUUCAUUCCAAAGAUGGAGACGUAAAAAAACAAAACAAAAAAGAAUCCCGAGCAGAACUGCUUUUAAAUUUGGUAUUUGAGGGCUGGCUUUGCAGGGCUGACUGUCACAUACAACACUGACUCACCUAUCCAGUACACUGCUCUCAUACUGUACACACACACACCAUGCAUGCUUCUCUCUACAUACUGUAUACACACGCGCAACGUGUUAAACUCUGUAUGCCAACUCGCCGUUGGACUCUCUUCAUUGCUUUGUAGUAAGCUCUGCUUUUUUUUUCUCUUACUCCACUUUGAUAAUUCUCUGGCAAUAUGUUACAGGUGCUGUAUGUGUUACUAAUAUGAAAUAAACUGUUGGAAAAGACAAAAAA